GUCCAAUCGGCACAAAACAUACGCUCCCCUCAACCGUCCAUUUAUCCUUGAUAACUGGAUCCGCCGUCCGCGCCACAGUAGUACAGUACACAGAAAACCUAGUAAGAAGGUCGCUGGUUCAGUUCAUUCAGUUUCGCUUUUUAAUUUGAAAUUGAAUUCUCAUUUUUCCCCCGUUUCCCUCCACUUUACUCCUUCCCCUCUCUCUCCGCCUUUCAAAUACAUUGCAUCCUCCUCGAACAAUCUCGCCUUCCGAUAGCAGAUAGCAGAACGGACGACAACUGAUCGAGAACGAAGCAGCAGAUAAGAAGAACAAAAGAAGGUAAACUUGGCUUGUUUCUCUCUCUCUCUCUCUCUCUCUAGGAUUCUCUGUCGCCGUUUUCCUCUCACAAUCCUAGGGUUUCUUUUCGCUCUCUGCACCGUUCGAAACGAUGUUCACUGCUUCAGUAGAUUUGUCACAUGUCAAGCUCUUACCCUCCUCCGUGCCGCAAUUUCGCUCUUGAGUUUUGAUCCCGGAGACUGCUUUUCCAAUUCUUCACCUAGUUUGAUCUGUGUGCGAGAAUAGAUCUUGUGCGGUGUGGUGUAGCUACUACGAUAAUGACGCAGCUGGUUGUUCGGUUUCUGUAUGUUGGUGGUUCUUUGAUUCUCGCAGUUAUCCUUCCCAGUUUUGCAGUGGCUUUAUGUCUUUCUUUACGAGAGGAACUGAGGAACUGUGAUUAUGCUGUGAAGCUUCUUUAUGGCAGUAUAUGCAGCUCUGGAAUCAAUUUGGAGUUUCUAAGGCGAUUUUUGUUAAUACUUUGCUUUUGUAUUGUUCCUGGUUGUUGUUCUUCUUAUAAGACUCAAGUCAACUGUGUGACGGAUGGUCUCCACGCCGAAAGUUCUUUUUUCUCAUAUAUAUGUAUAUGUUUGUGUAUGCAGAUUUCUCUGCAAUGGAUUCCAGUGCCACAUCGCCGAAGUACGAACGCCGCCCAUUUUCAAUCAAACUGUGGCCACCUAGCGAAAACACGAGGCAGAUGCUUGUGGAUCGGGUAACCAGAAAUUUCACCUCACAGUCGAUUUACGCUCGAAAGUAUGGGAACCUGGGGAAAGAGGAAGCUGAGGAGAAUGCAAAAAGAAUCGAAGCUGUUGCCUUCGAAGCUGCAAGCCAACGAUACGAGAAUGAACCAGAUGGCGAUGGAGGUUCUGCUGUACAGCUUUAUGCUAGAGAGUGCAGUAAGCUUAUUCUGGAUGUCCUGAAAAGAGGCCCUGCGCCGAAGGAGGACAUGGAAGAUCUUCCAUCCGAGGAAGGAGACCUUGUCUGUAAUAAAGAUGGCAUGGAAGUCACCACUCCACCUCCCGAGACUUUCUUUGACAUAUCCAAGGGCUCCAGAUCUUUCAUAGGAGCAGAGGAGACUGAGGAAAUUCUGAAGCCAUUGAAGGAGCCUGGGAACUCUUAUUCAAAGAUAUGCUUAAGCAACAGGAGCUUUGGUCUAGAAGCUGCUCGUGUUGCUGGACCGGUUCUGGAAUCCAUCAAGGAUCAGUUAAAGGAAGUCGACUUGUCUGAUUUCAUUGCUGGAAGGCCAGAGGACGAAGCUCUUGAGGUCAUGACCAUCUUCUCCACUGCACUGGAAGGCAGCAUCCUGAGGUCCCUGAACCUCUCAGACAAUGCUUUGGGUGAAAAGGGUGUCAGGGCGUUUGAGGCACUUCUCAAGUCACAGAGUUGUCUCGAAGAGCUCUACUUGAUGAAUGAUGGCAUUUCGGAGGAAGCUGCUCGAGCAGUUUGCGAACUGAUUCCAUCUACUGAGAAACUCAAGCUCCUUCGUUUCCAUAACAACAUGACUGGCGAUGAAGGAGCGCUUGCGAUUGCUCAGGUUUUGAAGCACUGCCCUUUGCUUGAGGACUUCCAAUGUUCGUCCACAAGGGUAGGUGCAGAAGGUGGAGCUGCUUUGUCAGAAGCACUCGAGUCUUGCACUAAGCUGAAGACAUUAGACCUCCGAGACAAUAUGUUUGGGAUUGAAGCUGCAGUUGCUCUUGCCAAAGCAAUUCCCAAGCUUCCUUCCUUGACCGAGAUAUACCUGAGCUAUCUAAACUUGGAAGAUGAAGGUGCUAUGGUCAUAGCAGAUGCACUCAAGGACUCAGCUCCAUCACUCGAAGUCCUUGACAUGAUGGGAAAUGACAUAACAAUUGAAGCUACUCCAAGUAUCGCUGCCUGUAUUGCAUUGAAGCAGAACCUGAAGAAGUUGAACUUGGAUGAGAACGAACUCAAGGAUGAAGGUGCUGUGCAUAUUGCAAAGGCCUUGGAAACGGACCAUUCGCAGUUGAAGCAAGUGGAUGUGAAUACCAACUCCAUUGGAAGGGCAGGUGCUCGUGUAUUGGCUAAGGUUGUGGUUCAGAAGCCUGAGUUCGAUUUGCUGAAUAUCAACGGGAAUUUCAUCUCCGACGAAGGGAUUGAUGAGGUGAAGGAGCUUUUUGCGAAGUGUCCUGGUAAGCUUGGGCCGCUUGAUGAGAAUGAUCCUGAUGGAGUAGGAGACGCCGAAGAAUCUGAUGAGGAGGGUGAUGGCGACGAUGAUCAUGAUUUGGAAUCGAAGUUGAAGCAUCUUGAGGUCAAUGAAGAGGAUUAGUAACUUCAUUAAUCUGUCUCAUGGGGGUUAUUUAGAAGAUUAUUGCAGACGGUUUUUUUUUUAUUAUAUAUUUCUUUUCUGCUAGAAGUCAUUGCAUCUUAGCAUUGCAGUAGGUUUGCAUCUCAUUUUGUUGAUGAACGAUUUAGCGUUUAUCGAGUAGGUCAGGUAAGAGAUGCAUGAAUGAAACCUUUCAUUCAUUUAUAUGUAUCGUGUUUUGUUGCUAGUCAUUUUAUGGACCCUUUGAUAGACAAUUUUUGUCUGUGUCAGUAAAUUAAUUAAGGAUUAAAAAACUGUACUGAAG